AUGAACUGUUGUCUUAUUGUCUCAUUCGUGGCGCUCAUAGUCUAUGACCUGAUGUUGAGUGUGAGUGAAGGCAAGUGUGUGGACAACACGAGACACCUCUCAUACCCGCAGAGUAUGGGCUAUAAGUGUGCCGACGAUUACGGCGACCACUACUCCGGUCAUAACAGUCCCGAAGCGGAUCAGAAUUGUCUGAAGAUUCGGUGGUCAAUGGACACCAUGGGGUGGACGGGCGGCCCUCUCACGGCCCACAAGUGCUGCUAUGAAUGGGAGGCCAGUUGUAUGGAAGAGAGCGAAUUGAAUAUGAAUUGCGAGAAGACAUCAACAGAUGAUAAAUUCAAUGCGCGAAACGAGAGGCUGAAGAAGAAGUGUCUGGAGUCGGGUUUCAUAAUAAGCCAAACCAAUUGCGUGUCAUUGAAUCCAACCAACUUGACUGAUCCCAUUUGCCAGAGCGUCCAAUAUAUACCCUGUCUGUCGGGCGCUUACGGCGACGGCACUCAUAUCGUGGCCCAUAUAGUGAUGCAUAACUCGGCCCAAAGUGAUCACCAAUACUCGCGUUACGUUUCGGCAAUCAUCUCAUCCGCGGCUCUCCUUUUGGUUUUGAAUAUAUUCUGA